AUGGUAGCAAUAAAAAUUGACUGUGUUUUUCUAAUUGUAAUUGCGAGUAUUUUACAACUAUCAAAAACACAGCGUAGGAUCUCCGCCGGCCAUCCAGUACAAACUGACAAAGGAUAUGUUGUGUACCUCACGAAAUCGUCGAAAUCGGAAAAAUACUAUGACUUCUGGAUAUGUGGUGGUGCUAUUGUCAGUAAAGUGCAUAUUAUCACAUCUGCCGCGUGCGUGGAAGAUGUAGAGUUCAUGUACGCGGUGGCGGGAUACAAGAAAUAUGUACCGAACCAUAGAAUCGACGAAGACCAAUGUACCAAGGAGAUGAAGAAAAAAGUUAUUUACACUUGUGUGCCGAAAUUAUACGAAUUAGAUUAUGCAAGAAUAGAAAAAUGGGCGUACAUCGAUAUAGCUGUGGUCAAAGUAGAGUCUGAAUUCGAUUUCAACGACAGCAGAUAUACCAAGUUGUGUAGCUACAAACCGAGAACAAUACAAAUUAAUUACGAUCCGAAAUAUCAGGAACCCAAUACAGACUCAAUCGUGUUUGGAUGGGGGCACGAGGAGAAAUGGAGAAGGCCCGAAGACGCUAAUGAUUAUAACCAAGAGAAUUUGCGUUACGCGCCAACACUGAUUCAUAACAAAAGGGAAUGCAAAGAAUCCUUCACGAAUAUACCGCAAUUGAUGUCUGUGAUUGACAAGUACAUGAUUUGCACAUUGGAUAAAGGCAACUUGAAUGAAGAAGGAAAACUCAUAAAAACCCCGACCCUCGCAGACGGCUGUACUCCAAAUAUGAAACUUAUGGCGAAUGGUGAAAUAGCGUGUGAGGAGGACGAGAUAUUUAUCUCGGAUGAGACUCGAAGAUCUGGGAAGAGUGACAACAUUUUAGCACGUAUUCUGAAAACACAGCAGAGUCGCAGACAAGGUAUAUGCCAGAAUGACCACGGAGGUCCGCUGGUGACAUGGGUGGGAGCUCAGGAGGUGCUCAUCGGCGUGGCGUCGGUGUUCCGGGUCACGGGUGACUCUCGCUGCGCCGGCCCGUACCUGUACACGAGCACGCAGUGCAAUGGCAUCUUUUUGGAUUGCAUCCUCAACUCAUCUGGUGACAAGACUAGAAGAGCGAUCUGCAAAAAACCGCCAAUAGAAAGAGGAUUUCAUACAAUUGAAAAGCAUAUAUCUUGGAGGAACCACCCUGAUGGACCAGCUGAAAAUGAAUUAGUUAUGAGGCCACAGCGUCCGAUCAGACCGUAUGGAUAAACUGCAGGAAGAAGAAUAUUUAAAUUAAUCCAGAAGUAGAGUAAAGAUGGAUAAGGAUAAAAGGAUUUUAAUAAUUCAAUAUGCACUCAAAAAGCUUUGUUAGUUUUGUUUGAAAAUUAAACAAAAUAAUUCUCGUUGUUACGUUGUUUAUAGUUCGGCAGCUAUGGAGGAGGAGAAGUCCGUUAAUGCAUCUUAAUGGUAUAUUAAGGGAUAGAUCUCUAUAGAUGCACCAAUCUCACUUUUUUGAUAAAAAAGGUAAAUUUAUAAAAUCAAAAAACCCGCUUCACCUAAUUAUUACUUUACAUAAAAACUGAAAAGAAAAAACUAGUCAAUAAUAUUAUUAUCAAUAUAAAAAAUCUAAUUAUUAAUAAGGAAAUCUUGUAUUAUUAAGUGAGCAGGUACUAGUUAGUAAAUAUUUUGAAAUAAUAACAUUAGCUGUUGGAAGCACGGAAAAAAGAGGAUUUUUUUCUGAAAAAAAAAAUUACAUGAUGUUCCGUUAAUUUAAAAUGCUAUAUUAUUUAUGAAAAAAUAAUCCUUAUGAUUAACACUUUCGAUAUACUAUACUAUACUAGCAAACCCAGCGAACUCCGUUUCGCCAACAGAUAGCUUCGUUUUAUGUAACAUUUCGUUUUGUGAUUAAAAGAAAACGAUUUUUUUUUAAAUUUUCCUGAAUUUUCUUUGCUAUAAACCUCACGGAGCCCGAGACCUUUCCAACGAAUGCAAAACCGUGGAAAUCGGUUCGUGCGUUCUGGAGUUAUAGCGUCAGGAAGGAAAACACGACUUAUUUUUAUAUAGUAGAU